AUGGCGCAUUACUACGAUGCCGAACUCCAACGCCCCAACUCGUUCAACUUCGCCACGGAUGUCGUCGAUUACUGGGCCCAGUCCAACGAGGCAAAAUGGGCGAUGCAUUGGAUCUCAGGCGACCUCAAGCAGGAAAGACAGUUGACGUUCCAACACUUCAGUCGUCAAUCCCAUCGAUUGGCCGUUCUUCUUCGCCAGCAUUUCGGUCUUGAGGCAGGCGUAAAGCUCCUCAUAAUCAUCCCAAGAGUACCAGUAUGGUGGGAGAUUGCAACAGCGUGCCUUCGGUGCGGCAUCGUGGUGUGUCCUGCUACUACGCUGCUCGUUGAUAAAGACAUCGAGUAUCGCGCCAAACGAUCAGGAGCAACUGCCUUCGUUGGAGAUGAGUCGAGCGUGCAGAAACUGUUGAAGGUGAAGAAGAACUGUCCGAAGAUUGCCAGGGUAGUUCAGAUUGGCGACGCACCGGUACCAGAUGGUGUGGACUCCCUCGAAAGACUUCUCAAGACAAUUCCAGAGGAUGCAAAGUACCAUGGUCCCCGGCCGGACGUCAAAGAUACAUCGAUGAUAUACUUUACCUCUGGAACGACCGGCAAUCCGAAGAUGGUCUGCCACAAUCAUAUAUCGUAUCCACUGGCGCACACGAUCACGGGCAAAUACUUCCACCGACUGAAACCUGGCCACUUGAACUGGGUGUUGACAGAGCAAGGUUGGGCAAAAGCAGCCUGGGCAUUCUUCGGCACCUGGAAUUGCGGUGCUGGCCUCUUCAUCCACGAUGACCGCGGUGCGUUCAACGGAAAGCGCACUCUAGACAUCUUACAUCGGUAUCCCAUCACCACGUUCUGUGCACCGCCAACCGCAUAUCGCCAGCUCGUGCUCGACGAGAUGCGACAGCACUUGAAGCAGAAUCGACCUCGAUCGCUCAUCCAUUGUGCAGGCGCUGGGGAGCCAUUGAAUCCUGAGGUACGGCCUUCAAUUCGUCCUGCCCGAAGAGAGGUAAUUCGUCUAUGGAAGGAAGCCGCAGGAAUGGACAUCUGCGACGGCUUCGGCCAGACCGAAACCAUCCUCGUCUGCGGCAACUUCGAAGGCUCUCCCAUACGCCCAGGCUCCAUGGGCAAACACUCACCAGGCGUGCCGCUGCAUGUGAUCGACGACGACGGGGCGGAGACAAGCCAGGACGUCGAAGGAGAUAUCGCUCUCAAAGUCGACUUGACUGAGACGUCAAACUUCUUCGGCGUCUUUGACGGCUACAUCGGCGAAGACGACAAGCUCGACAGGCGCCUACGCUCAGAUGGCAAGGGAGGCAGUUGGUACCUCACAGGAGACCGAGCAAUGCGCGACAAGGACGGAUACUUUUGGUUCGUUGGCCGACUAGACGAUGUGAUCAACUCAUCUGGCUACCGCAUUGGCCCCUUCGAGGUCGAGUCGACGCUGAAGCAGCAUCCUGGCGUCGUCGAGUCGGCUGUGGUGUCCUCGCCCGACCAGUCACGAGGAGAAGUGGUGAAGGCGUUCGUUGUCCUGACGCCAGACGCAGCGAGGAGGGAUGGAGGACAGCUAAUGAAGGAGCUCCAGGAUUUUUGCAAGGAGAAUGCUGCUCCAUAUAAGUAUCCAAGGAAGAUACAGUUCGUUGAGCAGAGCUUCCUGCCGAAGACGAUCAGUGGGAAGAUACAAAGGAAGCAGUUGAAGGCAAUGGAGUGGAGCGGGCCAGCCAGGACUACUGCAAAAUUGUAG